AUGCCUGAACUAGUACAAUCUUCAACAGAGCCUGAACCUCCUGCAACCUAUUUACCGCAAGACGUUACUGAUGAUGAUUCAACCGAGACUCUAGAUUUUGUAGAAACAGUAUAUAAGGAACAGGUUAGUAACGAAAUAAUGGAGAAAAUUAGGGAAAAGAAGCAUCAAUAUCGGGAAGUGUCUUCUGGAAAACAAAACACUUCUUCAGGAGAAUUAGAAGAGUUGAUGACACCUCCAUUAUCAUGUGAUAUGAAAACCGUGAACACCGUUCACGAUCAAGAAAAGACUUCAUCAAAAGAAUCUGUACAAAAUAUAUCGGGAAUUCAUCUGAAGCUAGUGCAUACGUACCAAGUGAGGUUGUACAAGGUUUUUUACAAGGAUUUUCGGCAAACUCAAUAG